AUGGAGGAGGAGUUCGAGGAAAGGAGCCCGACAACCAAUUUAUUGCCAGCAUGGUUACUUCCCAGUAUUAUGCUGUCCUCUUAUAUGAGCUUGAGCUCAAAGUCGGAAUUCUCGGAGAAUGAAUCGUCGCCGACAACAGCGUCGACGACGAACAGCGAUGAGAUUAAACACGAGUUGCUCGUCGAGCCUGAAGCGACGUGGAAUGCCGCAGUGAUGCCAUUCUGGCCGGCCGCCGCCGCCGCCGCGCCUCAGUUCACCGAGAAGAUGCUCCAAUCAUCGUUCGAAGCUCAACAAUUCUACGGUAGAUGGCCGCAGAUGGGUGAAGCUGGAUUUUAUGAUGGCAAAUGGCAUCCCGAUUCCAUAUAUUUCCCAUUCCAGCAACCACAACAGAUGGCUGAGGCCAAAGUGAACAGCAACGCGAACAGCUAUCCGCCAGAUCCGAUCACAUUCCCAUCGACAUCGAGCUCGUCGACGACUGAUUAUCAGCGGAUGCAGGCGGCCGCUGCGUGCUAUCCCAACACAUUUUUCAACGCUUAUAUGGAUUAUCAGCCGGGGAUUCCUUGGAAAGCGUUGAGCACAAAACUCGACAAAUCAUCGGAAAACGGCGGCGGUGGCAAAACGGUGCCGACGGGUCCCGGAACGAAUAAUGUGCGAGUUCGGACUGCUGAGAAAUACCGAAUGGUCUACUCUGAUUAUCAGCGACUUGAACUCGAAAAGGAAUUCCACACGAGCGCUUUCAUCAACGCCGACCGCAAAACGCAAUUGUCGACAAUGCUGAAUCUGACGGAGCGACAAAUCAAAAUCUGGUUCCAAAACAGACGGGCCAAAGAGCGACGCGACAAACAGAAAAUGCCGAUUAUGUAA